AUGUAUUCCGGUCAGCCAUUACCAUGCUCGUACCCAACAUCGUCCGCCACCGCACCCUCUGUGCAACCUGGUUAUAUCUCACCUACGCAUUCGCGGCGCGCGCUCGAGGAGGAGAAGGAGAAGCAACAGUCACAACCACAAAGGCAAUCACUGCCGUCCAUCCACGAAGCUUUAGGAAACGAUAACCCCCUUCCGUAUCCUGCACCCACGUCGGCGGCUCCUCAGCAGCCUCAUCAUGCGCCACAUUCGCAUCUUCUAUCUUCAAAUGUUAUAGGACGACCGACUGGCGAAGCACCGUCGGGGCCAUCGAAUCCGUUUUCAAAUGUGAUAUCGUCAGGGCCUUAUGUGGUGCGGGACUCAGCGUACCCUCAACCUCAACUACAAGCAGAAGCAUCUCGGGGGAGUUUGGCGUCAGUUACCACUCAAGAUUCGCGAAACCCCUCGAUUCAAUCCCUAAGUUCAGGCAAAUCACCCACGCAGAGCCAAAAAACAGGAAUUACUUCAAUCGCUGGCUCACAGACGGGAUCCGCCUAUGAAUAUAGUGCUCCUACUUCUGCGGGCAGCAUUGCCUCUCCUAACGGCUAUGGUCCAUUUCCGCAGAACUUCUCCUUCCAGUCGCAGCCUCCACCACAUGCGCCAGCGUAUCCGGUUGCGUAUGACACCAGACCCUACGGUACUACAUGGAAGUCGGGUGUGCCCGAAAUUGCGCGUGUCGAGGAAAUGAAGGGCGGACUUGCGGGUCGUGCUAUUGCGGGACAGAUCCCGGGCGAUUCUGUCAAACGGCAUUUGGACGUGUAUGAUGUGGAGACAUCGCUCAAUGAGAUUGCCGAGAUGAGCACGCGCACAUUGGACUUUUCACGGCACUACGCUGCAAGAGCGCACCAGUCCCAGCGUUCUGGGCCCGUUGCCAUGCCCUCUAUACAGGAAGUAGAGGAGAUGCUUAGUGUUCAGCGCCGGAACCAGGAUGCCUUGCUACGUAUACGAGCUGCAGUUGUGAGCCAAGAGCACGCAUUGGCAGAACAAAUGGCCCAAAGAAAAGCUUUCAAGGCCGGUGGGGUCCGUGACGAUGACCACAUGGCAAUGUACCAAGAUGAAUACAAGGGUAGUGGCGGUUUUGCCGGACCAGAUUCGAAGAAGCGCCGAGGGAAAGCAGCCCCUCCUGGUCGUUGCCACAGUUGCAACCGAGCUGAGACACCCGAAUGGCGCCGCGGUCCAGAUGGUGCUCGGACUCUAUGCAACGCAUGUGGAUUGCACUAUGCCAAGCUGACGCGCAAGAUGGGUGCCAAACAGGCAUCGUCCUUGGGUUCCAACCUUAAACCCAAGACUCUCGACUCCGCAUCUCCAACUGGCCGUUAA